AUGCGGGCCUUAUAUUGGAAUUCUCAAGGCUUGACUAAAGAUGGUGCAAGGGCCAAGUUGACUGAGUUAUAUCACUUGCAUAAUCCUGACAUAAUUUGUAUUGCGAAACCGCAUGUUUUCUGCAAUUUACGUUUUGUUAGGAGCUUAAAAUUAGUAAACUUUUGUGAGGAUGUUAUUAGGAAUGAAGUGUAUGGAGAAAAGGGCAAUCUUUGGGUUUUGUGGAGGAAUUCUUUGCUAAGACCGGAUGUUUUAUCUUCUUCCAGGCAAACUAUUUCUUUGAAUGUUGCGGGAGAUUUCAUCACGGAUGUUCAUGCUUCUUGUGAUCCGGUUGCAAGGAGGAGAUUUUGGUGUCAACUAGGUUUAGGCUUCAUAUCUAUUCCUUGGUUGGUGUUGGGGGAUUUUAAUUGCAAUUUACGUUUGGAUGAGAAGAAGGGUGGUAGGCCGAUAAAGGAAAUUUAUGUGAAUGAGUUUAGAAGCUGGAUUUCUGACAAUGGGCUGGUUGAGGCUGAUGCCAUUGGAAAAAAAUAUACUUGGUCUAAUUGUCGAAGUGGUAAUGAGCGAAUUGUUUAUAAACAUGAUAGAGCUGUUGUGAAUGAUGAUUGGCUUUACAAGUAUGAGAAUUGGAGGUGUAAGGACUUGCCUAGAAUUUGCUCAGAUCAUUCUCCUCUUUUUGGGUAUGCUUUUGAGAAUCCCAGGCCGGCUAGGGCACUGUUUAGAAUUCACAAGAUGUGGUUAUCUCAUCCAAAUUUUAUGCGGCUAGUAGAGGAAAAUUGGAAUUUGCCAUUAUAUGGUGCGCCUCCUUUUGUUUUCUCGGCCAAAUUGAAAAGGUUGAAAGAGGCAUUGAAGGUUUGGAAUAGAACAAUUUUUGGUGAGGUUCAAUUUCGAUUGAAGCAAGCUGAGUUAAAACUUGAAUCCGAGAAUGACCUUUUGGAUUUGGAUCCCAGUAUUGUGUUGCAGUUUGUCAAGGUUGCAGAUGCUAAGAAGGCUGUUGAGGAUGAUGAGAUAAAAGAUUACAUUGUAAAUCACUAUCAUGCAAAAUUCAAUGGUGGCGAAGUUAAUGUUGACCCAAGGCUGUUUGAUAUUGAUCAUGAGAGCAUAAGUGCCACUGAAAGUGCGUUCAUGGAUGCCAUUUUGUCAUUGGAGGAAGUUAAAGAAGCGGUUUUUGAUUUAGGUGCGGAUUAUGCGCCUGGCCCUGAUGGAUUUUCCGGAUCUUUCUACAGGCAUUGCUGGAAAAUUAUUUCUAAGGAUCUUUACAAUGCCAUUGCUAAUUGUUGGUCUAUGCGUAAAAUUCCCAAUGGCAUAAAUUCCAGUUUUAUAGUUCUCAUUCCUAAGAAUUGCAAGUCUGAUGCUAUCAAGGAUUAUAGACCAAUUGGUUUGAGUAAUUUUUUCUUCAAAAUCAUUACUAAGAUUUUGGCUACCAGGCUUGGUAAGGUGCUUAAUAAAUUGAUUUCUGAAGAGCAAGUGGCUUUUAUGAAGGGGAGGAACAUCCAUGAAAACAUAGCUUUGGCGUCUGAGUUGAUCAGUGAGAUUAGCACGGAAAGAAAGUAUGGAAAUGUUGGCCUCAAACUAGAUAUUGCACAAGCUUUUGAUACGCUAAGUUGGGAAUUUAUCAUUGAAGUUUUUAAGCAAUAUGGUUUCUCUGAAAAUUGGUGUUCAUGGAUCCUUAGUAUUCUGAAUUCAGCUUGGAUUUCUGUGUUGAUAAAUGGUAGCCCGGAAGGAUUCUUUAGCAUCUCUAGAGAUAAGUAUUUGGGAAUUCAAUUGAAGCCUGGAAUUGUGCGUUACAUUCAUGUUCGCAAGGUGAUGGAGAAAAUUAUGGACAAGUUGGCUGGUUGGAAGGGUGAUGCUGAAAAAUGUAAGUACUUCACGGUCCUUUAUGAGGAUUUGUGUUGUUCGCGACGAGAAGGUGGCGUUGGGCUCAAGAAAUUGGUGGAUGUAAAUAGAGUUAUGCUUACGAAACUGUGGAUCUCUAUUCGGGAUUCAAACAAGAUUUGGGCUAGAUUCUUGCGGGCGAAAUACUUCAAGUUGAAUGGAAAUUUGAUUGAUUAUAAAUUGGGUUCUUUGGUUUUUCCAGGAAUCAGAUUGGUUUACAAUUUUGUGCAAAAGCACACACGCUCAAUUAUAGGUAAUGAUGCUAAUAUUUCGUUAUUUUUUGAUAAUUGGUGCGGGGACUUUUCUAUUGCAAGGCGGCUUGGAAUUUUUUCCAAAGGUCCAAAUGAUUACAAGGCUAAGGUGAGUGACAUAAUUGUUGAUGGUGCUUGGGCCAUACCUUCGAGUUUGAAAGAUAUGAUGAUUCGUUGUAACAUUGAUGUUGAUAAUAUGCCGCUUAUUGCUGGUGGGGAUGAUUACAAAAUAUGGGACUUGAAUAGCAAGGGCGUUUUUCAGUCAAGUCUGCAAAGGCUGCUAUUAAAAUGCCAGCUUAAGUUUUGCCAAUUGCAGCACUAUUUAAUAGACAAGUUGUGCACCCUACUUUGA